GAAAAACUAACAUGGAGCAUAAGUAUCAAAUAAUUGUAUUAAAACCGAUUAAUAGUGACGAGAGGAAAAGCAGCCACAAAAACGAUAUGAACAAAGAGAAAUCUGACUUAAUAAAGAAAAUAGCCAAAAAUAUGAAACAGUAUCGGAAAGAUUCAUUCAGUGAGCCUAAAGGUGAAAUCCAAAAUGCUCCUCUGAGGAAGAAAAUCAAAGUGCUAAGGAUGAAGAAAGUCAAGCUGCCUAGUACAAACCAGGAGUCCCAAACAAAGCCAAAUAUUUUGGAAGAUUAUAAGAAUAGUCAGAAGUCUAAACCAACCUGGUCAUUUAUGAAAGAAAGGAGAUCGAGGAAUGUUAGAGAGUUGGUGAAGUCUUCAAAUGAAGACCAAGGUAGGUCUCAAAAGCUUCCUUUACUAAGAAAAGGGAGUACGUUCAAUGUGAAGUCGCAGGAUGAAAAUUUUAAGCCAAACUUACCAAAUAAACGAGGAAGGAAUAUGAGCCGGAGCAAAUUAGCAUCACUCAGCUCAUUCCAUAUCAAAAAGAAAACUGAAUUGAUUGAGAAGGCAUUUAAGGCAGCAAACCAGACUCCUGUUUAUAAGAGUAGGAAUAGCAGUGUUGGACCCAUCAAGAGCCUUAUUGCUCAGACAUCCCAAGCUGUGGAGAAUUAUAAGAAAUUGUUAUUUGAAAAGUCCAAGCGAAGGGUAGGAUUCAGAUCAAAAGGAAGCUUUAAUGCUAGAAAUUUCAAGUAUUUUUAGGCAAAUAUUUAUGAAUCUUAGCAACAAGAUCGAGUAUUUAGUAUUUGAAUUAUAAAUGUUUCAAC